AUUGCCUCCGUCACCACCAUCACCAGCUACUCCUCCAUCAGCAGCAUCACCACCAUUACCUCCCUUUCCACAACCGCCAGCAUCACCACCACUACAUCCAUUGCCACCAUAUCUACCAUCUCUUCUAUCACCAGCAUCACCACCAUCUCCUUCAUCACCAGCAUCACCACCAUUGCCUCCAUCACCACCAUCUCCUCCAUUGCCGGCGUCACUGCAGCUGCCUCCAUCACCUCCAUCUCCACCAUCACCACCACUUCCACCAUCACCCCCAUCACCAGCAACACCACCAUUGCCACAAUCACAAGCAUUACCACCAUUUCCUCUAUCACUACCAUCUCCACCAUUGCCAGUAUCACUAACACUGGUUCCAUCAUCUCCGUCUCUACCAUCGCCUCCAUUUCCACAAUCGCCUCCAUCACCAGCAUCACCGCCAUUGCCUCCAUCACCACCAUCUCCAGCAUCACCACGACUGCCUCCUUCACCUCCAUCUACACCAUCACCUCCUAUUCCACCAUCACCACCAUCGCCAGCAUCACCACCAUUGCCUCCAUCACCACAAUCUCCUCCAUCUCCAGCAUCACCACCACUGCUCCCAACACCUCCAUCACCACCAUUGCCUCCAUUUCCACCACCACUUCCAUCUCCAACAUCACCACUGUUGCUUCCGUUGCCACCAUCAGCACCACCUCCUCCAUCACCUCGAUCACCACUAUUGCUUGCAUUUCCACCAUUGCCAGCAUC